CUUGAUUUAGUAGCAAUGAAUAAAUUCAGUGUCACAGUUUUGUUGGCUUUAGUCCUUAUUGGAUUAUUUGCCGUUCAGAGUGAUGCAGGUUAUGGUUAUGAUCAAGGAUAUAAUGCACCAUGGCCAUACAACAAUGGUUACUAUGGCUAUAAUGGAUACAAUGGAUACCACGGACGUUAUGGUUGGAAUAAGGGCUGGAAUAACGGUCCAUAUUUAGGAUCAUAUUCGGGAAACAAAGGCUAUCUGUAUUAGUACUGAAACAAGAAAGUUAUCAAUAUUGAUAUGAAUGAUAGAUAAAUAAAGCUUUAUUUGUGUUU